AUGUGUCAGCAAACAUCCUCUUGCAAGUCCAAUUCAGACAGCAUGCUAACCUCUUUGAUUCCCAAAACCCCAACAUCUAACGAAAAACAACACCAACCACAAACAAAUCAUCAAACCAUGAAACCCCACAAAACUACACAUCUUUCUCUAGUCAUUCAAGAAUACAAAUCCAUAGCCAAAAUAGCCUUCCCCAUGAUCCUAACCGGUCUUCUACUUUACUCUCGCUCUAUGAUUUCCAUGUUGUUUCUUGGCGGGCUUGGCGAUCUAGCCUUGGCCGGAGGCUCGUUAGCCAUUGGUUUUGCUAACAUCACUGGAUACUCGAUCCUCUCCGGUUUAGCCAUGGGAAUGGAGCCCAUUUGUGGACAAGCUUUUGGUGCCAAAAAGUACAAAAUUCUUGGCCUCAGCUUGCAAAAAACAAUUCUUUUGCUUAUUUUCACUUCAUUUCCAAUAUCUGUUUUGUGGGUCAACAUGAAAAAGAUUUUACUCUUAUGUGGCCAAGAUGAAUCCAUUGCAACACAAUCUCAAACAUACUUGCUGUAUUCACUUCCAGAUCUUUUUGCUCAAUCUUUACUACACCCUUUAAGAAUCUACCUUAGAACACAAUCUAUAACUUUGCCUUUAACAUUUUGUGCAGCUCUUUCAAUUCUUCUGCACAUACCCAUAAAUUAUCUUCUUGUUUCAAGGCUUGGUUUAGGCAUCAAAGGUGUUGCACUAAGUGGUGUUUGGACUAACUUUAAUCUUGUUGGAUCAUUAAUCGUCUACAUUUUUUUCUCCAAAGUUUAUAAGAAAACAUGGGGAGGGCUAUCCAUGGAGUGCUUGAAAGACUGGAAAUCCUUGCUGAAUUUGGCCAUUCCUAGCUGCAUUUCAGUCUGCCUCGAAUGGUGGUGCUUCAGUGUGUCAACCAGAGUAGGCAAUGAACUAGGCGCCGGCCGCCCAGAAAACGCGAAACGUGCAACCAUUGUGGGCCUCUCUGGCAGCUUCAUACUGGGGUUUUCAGCACUGUUUUUCACAGUAUCAGUAAGGAACAAUUGGGCUAAACUUUUCACUCAUGAUAAAGAGAUUAUUGCAUUGACAUCAUUAGUUUUACCAAUCAUAGGACUCUGUGAACUUGGAAACUGCCCACAAACAACAGGCUGUGGAGUGUUGAGGGGAACGGCUAGGCCUAAAGUUGGAGCAAACAUUAAUUUAGGAUGCUUUUACCUCGUUGGAAUGCCCGUGGCAGUAGGUCUAGGAUUCUUCCUGAACUUUGAUUUUGAAGGGCUGUGGCUUGGACUUUUGGCUGCACAGGCAUCGUGUAUGGUGACAAUGAUGGUGGUUUUGCUUUUUACAGAUUGGGAGUUUGAAUCCCAAAAGGCCAAAGAACUGACUGGAUCAAGCAUUGUUGAUGUCAGUGAAGAAAUUGAGGAAGAUAAGACACUUGGUGCACAGGACUCAACUGUGUAA